UUAUAUUCAGUAGGGUGUUAAGUGAGGGGGUUUUGUGAAACCGAACAUAGAUAAAAAGGGCGGUGGAAGAGUGAAGAGGGAAGAAGGAAAAGAGAUGCCGAUGGCGUGGAAAUGGAUCGUGCGAAGGACUCGCGAGUCGAAACCGUUCUUCCUUGCGUUCGCUACCAUAUGCGGCGUCGUUCCGGGAAUCAUAGGCUAUUGCGUGAUGCAGGUCACCAACACCCGCAGCGAGAACCUCGAAUCCCAUCUCCGCAGAAACGCUCGACCCGAAUCACUGAUGAUGGGACAAGUAAAUAAAGAAAGACUGGCAGAAUACCUUGGAGAGCUACAGAGGAAGGAGAAUACCAAUGACCGUUAUGUUGCUGCUCUAAGAGGAGAGACUUUAACCAGAAAACCUUAUGUGAGAAUUCAACCAAUUCCGGAACAAACCAACACCACGGCUGACAAGGAGCAGAAGAAAUGAAUUUGGGAAUGUACGUUUCUUUGAGUUCAUUAUGAACUUGAUGCUGUUUUGUCCGUGUUUAUUCUCGUGUUUAUUCCUGGAUGCAUUUAUUUAUGCAAUGAACUCUUAUUUAUGGGCAAGCUUGGAUUUUUUGGUGGGAAUUGAGUGCUAGCUAUACUUCAUUUUAGUGAUUUAACCAAAUUCUUCAUACAGAAGGUCUAGUAUUCUCUUUUCAAUACAAAUCCUUUCCAAUCCAACCUUUAGAAUGCUUUUGUCCUAAACAGUUUAUAUGUGAGGAACAAGCCCUUGGAACUAUGAGAGUAUAACUGUUACACUUGCAUCGAAUUUAUAUAAUGCUGUGUAUUCACAUUGCACCUUCUAUAUACAAUAUAUUUUACAAAUGCUAUA